AUGGAAGCGGACGAUAGGUCGAGUGAAGAUAGGAUUUGAGAUAGUCAAGGUAAGCACGAAUACUUUGAAAUUCAGAAUGAAGAUAUUCAGGAAAGUAAUGAGGGAAGGAUGGGAUCUAUUCAGACGUUCUUCACUCUUCUGAAAGGAUUUCUGGUCAUAAGCAUUUUAUUUAUGCCAAAUGGUUACAGUAACGGAGGCUGGAUGUUUGCCACAGCUGCACUGGUGGGAAGCAUGCUAAUUACACUAACUUGAGGCCUCUUGUUAAUUCAGGUUGCUUCAAAAUACAAAGGAACUUUCUCAGAUUUAGGAUUUCUUGCUAUGGGGAAUAAAGGAAGAUAUAUUUGUGACUUUGUGCUUGCUGUUUCCCAGACAGGCUUUGUAACCCCGUAUGUAGUAUUUAUCAGUCAGAAUCUUAACAAAAUAAUUGAUUAUCACUUUGGAUUCACAGUCAACACUUGGAUAAUGGGUCUGAUUCUUUUUUUCAUUGACACUCCAUUAUGUUGGGUUCGGAAAAUUCAGACUCUUGAAAGAUAUCAUUUUCUUGGAGAUUUAACUGUGUUCUCAGCUGGAAUAAUAUUGAUAUCAGAAGCGAUCUCUUUCCGGAACGACCAAGGCUCUUUUGCUGAAGACAUCGAGCCUUUUAACUCAGAUAAAUACUUGGUCUUUCUUGGCACAGCCAUCUUUAUUUUUGAAGGAGUAGGAAUUAUUUUACCCGUGAGAGAAGCAUGCAAGAAUAAACACCAUUUUCCAGCUAUAUUCACUUGUGUGAUUUUGUUCCUCUGAUGUUUCUUUGCGUCCUUUGGCUUCUUCAAUUAUGCAGUUUAUGGAGAAGAGUUGCUCUCAAAUGCUCCAUUAGUUACCAAAGUUCUGAGGGAAGGAAAUUUGGUGGUUGAAGUAGUCAUGAUACUUUUCAUUAUCAAUGUAGUCCUUUCAUAUCCUUUGAUAAUUUAUCCUUGUAAUAUUAUCAUUGAGAGCUACUCUGUUGAUAAGAUGGCUCCUUCGAAGACAAGGACAUUCCUCAGAAAUUUAAGCAGAGCUCUGGUUGUAGUGGUAACCUUCUCUAUUGGAAUCUCUUUAGAAGACACUCUUGAUAGGCUUCUGUCAGUAGAGGGUUCUCUGACUUGUACUCCAGUCGCCUUUAUCAUGCCGGCAGUGUUUCAUCUCCAGUUAGUGGCAGAGAGCAGAUUGGCGAAAGCAUUGGACUACUUUAUAAUUGGACUCGGAUUUGUCUUUUUGUUUGGACUUACUUCAUACACCAUUAUUAGUUGGUCGUAAAUCUUAAUUGUCAAUUUGACACCAAA